CCACGUGACGCGCUCAGCUCCUAACCUCUUUGUCUGAACGCGGCGCUCGCUCGCUCGCGGGUUCUUUGGCCGAAGUUUGGCGCGGCGGCAAAAGCUCCCCUUUUUUUUCUCUUGGGGGGCCGUGCCAGCUGCCCCCCCUCCCGAUCCCCGCCGUUGGGGGGGGAUCCCCUGCCCCGGAGAGCGUGGAUCCCCGGAGGUCGUGUGAACGCGCCCGGCUGGCUUCCCUGCCCCUCUCGCCCUCCGCAUGCGAAGCCCGGCGGCGGGGCGGCUUCUUCGAUGCGCCCAUGGCUACCCGGAGAGCGGUGCCCCCUUCCCUCUGGUCGGGCCACGAGCGGCUGCGGAUCGGGGAGCGCCUCCAAGCCAGCCUGGCCGGUCUCUUGGAGCUGGACCUGCUGCGGGAAACCCAGCGGGCGAUCGUGGAGCGCGCCUUGGAGGAGGAGGAGGAGGAGGAGACCCGGCGGAAGGAUGAUGAGGAUGAUGAUGAUGAUGAGGGGGAGCCGCCGCAACAGGAAGAGCGUCAAAGCGACCUGGGUGGGAAUGGAUUGCCCCCCGCCCCCUCCAAACUGGACCGAAGUAAAUCCGAGGACCUUCUCGGGACCACCAAGACGGCCCGUGAGUCCUACAGCUCAUCUGACAACGUUGGGACAGAUUUGGGCGCAAUGCGUGGCCAGGCGGGAGAUGAUCCAGACAAGGGGGGCGUCGGACUGCAGAUCAUCAGCGAACAUCUCCCCACUGCUAAGAAAGCUGCACUGAACGGAGGGGAGAGCCAGGAUGCGUUGGAGGCUGAUUCCAGGCCCAGUUCAGGGUUUUACGAGACCAGCGAGAUGAGUUCGCUCUCAGAUUCCUGCGCCUCCGUGCAGAGCGACGGGCCUGGAGGCGGCUCGCACAGCAGCGUCGGGUCCCUCUCCCACCUCCCCGGCCUACGGGAGAACGGCUCGGCCCGCCCGCAUUCCACCGACGAAGCCACCGUCCGGUUCCUGGACCUUCAGCUGCAGCGUCUCAGCUUGGCCAACGCUCCUGGGGCUGCCGGCAGCCGGAGGCCUGUGUCGACAGGUGAUCUGGAGUUCCUGCUGGGCCUUGGAGACCUGUCCCUCCCGUUCUCCAAGAACCCGGGCCUCCAGCUGCUGCGUUACAAGUCCGACCUCGUCUCGCGCAACACCAACGAGAUCUACCACUAUCCGAGCCCGUUGCAUGCCGUGGCCCUCCAGAGCCCGCUUUUCACCAGCAGCCUUUCGCACAGUUCCUCCCAGGAAGAUCUCCAGGAGGCGUCCCCGAGGGUGGCGGAGGCCCCCUCUCCAAAGACGGGGUCCCUUUGCUCCCCGGAGCAGCGCCGAACGCGGCUCGACCACUACGUGACUAAACUAGCGCUCCGCUACAAGUGCCGCUCAGUCACCGGCCGGCCGGAGGGCCGAUACCUAGCGGGAAGCCAGAAAAGCUUGUCCAUGUCAUCCGUCUGCAGUUCUGUGCUCGGCGCCAGCCAGCUCCUGGCCUCGGGCUCCGGGUGGAAGAUCCGUCGGCGGAUCUCCACGUGCUCCCACGUGCGCUCUCUGGAAGGCUCCGAGGGGACCCAAGAUUCUAGGGUCUUGGACUCCCAAGGAGACCUCACGCCCUUCCCGGAGAUCAGCUCCAUCGCGUCUAACGCCACCAACCUCAGCAAGGUGAGCGAGCCUUCGGUGAUGUCGCUCCCGGAGACUCUCCCGCCGUAUCCAGACCGUUCUGCCGUCGGCUACCCGAACAAUCAAGCGAGUGAAUUCGGGAAAGGGGGUCUUGGCUGGGUCAAUGGCUCCCCUAGGACCACGGUCCAGGGGGAGACUUCCCUCGGGAAGGAGGCCUCGUUGCCCCGGGCGACCUCCGACUUCGAAAAGCUGUACAAAGGGAGGCACGCCUCUCAGGAGUUGGUGAAGACGGCCGAGAGGCCCGAGAAGGCGUCCGAGAGGAGCUGGUUGAAUCCCCGGGAGCUGCUGAGGAGACUCAGCCUGCGGCGUCGGUCCUCCUCACGCAUGGGGAGCAGGGCGCGCGCCAGCUCGGAAAUGAACGUCCACGUGGCUGCAGGCUUGGCCUGCCACAGCGACCCCCAAGCCGGUAAAGGCAAAGCAAUCAGGCCGAGAUGGGCUUCGGUCCUCGAGAUUUCCAGCAAGACUCCCGGCCGGCCCCGGCCAAAAGCCGGCCCUUUCCCCCCGCCUCACGUCCUCAACCGCCACCUCACCUUCUCCUCCAACUCCCCGGGGACCUUCUGCUUUGUGGGCGAGAGCCGCCUUGACCUGGCGCCCCACCGGCGGGCCGUCCUGGCAGGUGGCGGUGGCGGCCUCGGCAAGGUGGAAGCCACCAGCGCCAUCAGCCUUAAUGGGGAGUGGAUCCUCCAUCCGUUCGGGGAGAGAUGGCCCCAGGCCUCCGCCACCUUGGACUCCACCGAUCUGCCCGUCCGGAGUUUCAAGCUGCGCCGCAGCCGGUCGUUUAAGGAGCUCAAGAAGGCGAUGACGCGCUCUCUCCGCGGUUCCCGAACCCCCAAGUGACAAAGCUCACGCCCGUCAGGACUGCUAGAAAAAGGCUGGGCAAGUAACCGUUGAGGGGCAACGAUGAGGCCCCUCCUGAACUUCUUUAUAUAUAUAUUUUUCAACUUUAUCCCCGCGGGAGCGUGUGAAAUUAUUUUAUUCCCUUUUGUUAUGUUUCUCCAUUUGCCACCUUCCCGAUCAUCUUGUUUCCUCUCUCUUUUUGGCUCGAAAUAUGAAAUGCUACUAAGGGUUGGGAUUUUUUUCCAGGAUUCUAAGUAUUCCGGAAAUCAUCUAGAAAUCCCUCAAGCAGAUUUCUGGAACUGGGGGAGGAAAAAGAAGAAGGCAAAAUGAGAGAUCCUUUUCUGGUUAGGGUCUACUUCUUUUGCAUGGGCAUCGGCUGAGGAGAAGCAGGGAGUGCCACCCCAGCCCCACUGCCUACUGGGAAUCGCCCUAGUGCGCCAUAGGAGAGUAGCCGUACUACCAGUUAUAAUCUCUAGGGGGAGCCUCUCACUGAACUACUUUCUCCCAUGGUAUAUGAG